CUCGCUCGGUUAGUUAAGCGCGGUGUGCCAGCCGGUUGAGUCGAUCCGCAGCUCGCACCAUGUCCAAGUACUCGAAGCUGGCCCGCGGGCUCUGCGACCUGCUGAUCUGGGCGGCCCUCAGCGUGGCCAGUCUGCUGCUCCACAAGCUGGUGCGUCCCUUCCGUCGCGGCUUCUUCUGCGGCGACGAGUCGCUGGGUUACCCGCUCCGCGAGAGCACCAUUGGCCACGAGCUGGUCAUCGCCAUCGCCCUGGCCGUGCCCACGGCGGUGAUCGCCGUGGUGGAGCUCUUCAAGCAGCUGCCCGGCGCAGGGCCCACAAGAGAGUCCGGCAAGCGGGAUGGCUGCCGGAUGGGCCAGCGCCUGGGUAAGCUGUACCGCCAGGUUCUGUUCUACCUGUACGGCCUGGCCAUGGUCACGUUCACCACGAUGCUCUCGAAGCUGUGCAUUGGACGGUUGAGGCCACACUUCUAUGCCGUGUGUCAGCCCAUGCUGCCCGAUGGGAGUGGCUGCCAGGACGGACAGAAUCUGGGACGCUACAUCGACAGCUUCACGUGCAGCAAUGCCAACAUGAGUGACUUCCAGUUCCGGCAGCUCAACCAGUCCUUCCCCAGCGGACACGCCAGCCUGGCCAUGUACGCCAUGCUCUAUUUGGCCAUCUACCUGCAGGCGGCGCUCAGCACCAGUCUGUCCAAGCUGCUGAAGCACCUGCUGCAGUUCCUCUUCGUGAUGUUCGGCUGGUACGUCUCGUUGACGCGGAUCACGGACUAUCACCACCACUGGAGCGAUGUCCUGGCGGGGGCGGCCCUGGGCGUGAUCUUCGCCUGCCUGACCAGCGCCUAUGUGGCGGACCUGUUCGCUGGCCGGCGCUGGCAGAAGGCGGGCUACUCGGCGAACACGCUGCGCAAGGCGCAGGUGUCGCCCAAGAGCUCCGCCAAGUCGCAGGCAGGAGGAGGAGGAUCUGGAGGAUCUGGAGCAGCGUCACAGCCGCCCCCUCUGCCGGCCUACACCUUCGGUACGCUGCCGUACUUGGCCGCCCAUCCGGCUCAGGCGCAGGCGCAGUACGCCCAACCGUAUCACAACUACGGCUACGUGCCCUGAGCCACUGCAGCCGGAUUCCAUUAGCAAAAACUUAGCUUAGAGAAGCCCCACAAGCACACACACACACACACGAUCAAAGACAUGCACGGAAUUCCUGUUGGUUGUCUGUAUUCUAGCGAAAUAAAUAUUAAUAUAUAUAAGUA